UUGCUACUUUCUUUUGGUUCUCACUCUCAUUGCUAGCCUCUCUCAUAGACUCUCUAGUCUCUUGACUUUCCCUAGCAGUGCCCUGGAUUUCUCUCUUUCUGGAGUCUUGCCGACGCCGUCUCAUCUCAUUUCUCUCUCUUGGUCUUGCCGACGCCGUCUCCUGUCCUCCUCUCUUGAUUUUGCCGGUUGUGGCCUCGCCUUUGUUGGUCAGCUGUCGAUCAGCCCACUAUUAGCCAGGCUUUGCUGCUGUCAAAUACGGUCCUUCAAUAUCACCCGUACUCCUGAGAGAACAAAAAUGGCGGAAGCUGUCAUCCUUGGUAUUGCUGGAAAUAUCGUUGAUUAUCUGGUUCCUAAAGCACUAGAAAAGGUUGGAAAGUUAUGGGGUGUCAAGCAUGAACUCGAGAUACUCAAGGAAACUGUCUCCACGCUUCAUGCUGUACUAGAGGAUGCAGAGGAGCAAUACCACCGGAGUCGCCAAAUCAAAGUUUGGCUUGACAAAUUGAAAGAUGCUUUCUAUGAUGCGCAGGAUGUGCUUGAAGAAUUCAACAUAGAAGCUGUGCGACGAGAACUGAGUGGCCAUAAUGAGAUGAUGAAGGAGGUAAGAACAUUUUUCUCAAGUUCAAACCAGCUUGCUUUUAAACUGAAGAUGAGUAACAAAGUAAGAGCAGUGAGGGAGAAAAUAGAAGCCAUUAAGGCUGAUAGGAAAUUCCACUUGGAUGAUCGCUCCGUGGAUUCACGAGUAGAGAGACAGUGGAGGAAAAGAGAAGAGACGCAUUCGUUCAUAAGUGAGGGAGAUAUUAAAGGCAGAGACGAUGACAAAACGGCGGUUAUAAAAUUUCUAUUGGAUUCAAACAUGAAAGAGAACGUCUCCAUCCUUCCAAUAGUUGGUAUUGGUGGGCUUGGAAAAACGGCACUUGCUCAAUUUAUAUAUAAUGAUGAGAUGGUAAGUAAACACUUUCACUUGAAAAUGUGGGUCUGUGUCUCCAAUGACUUUGACGUGAAAAAAAUAGUCACAAAUAUCAUAGCUUGUGCAAAGAAGAAAGCACCCAGCGAAGAUGCAAUGGAACAGCUGCAAAGUGAACUGAGGAAAGAAAUUGAUGGAAAGAGAUAUCUCUUAGUUUUAGAUGACUUGUGGAAUGAAGAACCAGAAAAUUGGUUGAGCUUGAAAAGAUUACUGGUGGGAGGUGCUAGAGGAAGCAAGAUCCUUAUAACUACACGCCUUCCAUCGAUUGCGACGAUCACUGAUGCUGCUCAAUCUCAUCAUCUUGGGGGCUUAUCUGACAGCUUAUCUCUUGAUUUAUUAAUGCAAAUGGCUUAUCGAAAAGAAGAGGAGGUGCAAGAUCCUGAAAUGCUAGAUAUUGCCAAAGAGAUAGUUAGAAAGUGCUCUGGGGUUCCAUUGGUGGUUCGAACUGUUGGGACUUUACUAUCCUUUAAGAAAACUAAACUCGAAUGGUUAACUUUCAAAGAUUAUGAGCUCCCAGAUGUGUCUCAAAGGGCAGACAAAAUAACAUCUGUUUUGAGGCUAAGUUAUGACUAUCUUCCUUCACAUUUGAAACAAUGUUUCGCGUUCUGUUCACUGUUUCCCAAAGAUUAUGAGAUAAAGAAGCAGACUUUGGUCAAUCUUUGGGUGGCUGAAGGAUUUAUCCGGCCAUCGAAUAGAAGUCAACAUUUAGAAGACAUUGCUCAUGGAUAUUUCAUGGAUCUACUUAGGAGCAACUUCUUCCAAGACUUUCAAGAAUACAAGGAGACUUGCAAGAUGCAUGAUUUGAUGCAUGAUCUAGCCUGCGUAGUUGCAGGGAAUGAGUGUGGGGUGGCAUUCGAUGACACAAAAUCCAUAAAUGAAAGAGCACGUCAUCUAUGUGUCGGUGAUCUUCCAAUCUCACACUUGAAAGCAAGUCCCCUGAGAACAUAUCUCUCUCUUAUGCGACGACCAAUAAGUGAAGUAGAUUUACGCCAACUCAUUCAAAGUUUCAAGAGGUUGCGCGUCUUGGAUCUGCAUACCACAUAUGUAGAGAAGGUGCCAAGGUCCAUUUGUAAGUUGAAGCAUCUCACGUAUCUCGACCUCUCUGGCACUCAUAAACUAAAAAAGACUUCCGGACUCCAUUACGAGACUGCAGAAUUUGCAAACACUUAAUCUCAACAAUUGUCGUGCCCUUGAAGAAUUGCCGAAGGGUAUAAGAAAGUUAGUCAGCCUUCGAAAUCUAUACAUAGAUGGUUGUGAGGAACUUAGU